GUUAAAUAAAGAGCCACCAAAUCUGACUUUUAGGAAGAAAGAUAAAGGUGGAAUCAACCUCACUUCAACGGUUACCAACACACAUUUGGAUCUUGACACUGUGAAGGCUAUAUGUAGUGAGUACAAAAUUCACAAUGCAGAUAUUACUCUCAGAUAUGAUGCUACUGCCGAUGACCUUAUAGAUGUUAUCGAGGGAAGUAGAGUAUACAUGCCUUGCAUCUAUGUUGUGAACAAGAUUGAUCAGAUCACACUUGAGGAAUUAGAGAUAUUGGAUAAGCUACCUCAUUACUGCCCAAUCAGGACUUCUGCAAUCGCAUUCACAAGGAUAUGCUUAAACAGUUUAAGUAUGCUCUGGUCUGGGGUUCAAGUGCGAAGCACAAGCCUCAAAGAGUUGGCAAGGAGCAUGAACUUGAAGAUGAAGACGUGGUUCAGAUUAUCAAGAAGGUAUAAGAAGUUAUAAGUGUUGUUGCAAGGUAUUCAAGAUGAUAUCUUUUGGAAACAUAACAGGGGCAUGAGUUGGAACUGAGACUUCCAAUCAGUGAUUGAAGAUCUCUUCGUGAUUUCCCCGAGGUUAAAUCACACUCAAAUUACUUUCCUUUUUCAGUUGGGAGUUGAGUUGAGUAUUUCCAGUCCGGAGAUGUAAUUAAAAAACUCUAGUUUGUGAUGUCUCUUUUUGACCAUGCCGAUACAAAUGGAUAUUUGGGGCUGCUCUUGUAACAUGUUUUUGUUUAGAUAGAUGAUUCAGGUGGAUAUGUUGGUAUGUUUUUUGCCGGAAAUUCUGAACAAGAUACAGACAAACUUUAUCCAUGUCAAAUAGUACGACUGAUAUUGAUAUACCUUUUGGAAAGAAAA